AUGGUCCUGCAUGCCGCAGAUGCAACCAGCAUGCCUGCUGGCGGAUGCCACACUCGCUACGUGUGCCCCUACAUCGACGACCUCGCCACGGCAACAAUCACGGAUACCACUUACACCGACUACACUUUCAUCGGCGAUUACCAGGGGCUGUUCAACGACCAGGGAGGGCAGUUCGAGCCACACCAGCGCGGAUCUGGUCCCGUCAAUUACGAGCGGUACACGGAGGUGGGGACCAUUUUCGACGUGGUGAAGGGCGUGUACGGUGACACGCUGCAGGAGUGCUGCCGCGCAUGCGCGCGCUCAACCUACUGCUACGAGUGGCAUUGGCUUAAGAACCCGCGUCUCGCCGGCGAGAACGCGAAUGUGCAGUGCUACCUGCUGGAGAAGAACGGCGGCUUGGGCACGUCGGGCUCUUUCAAGACGCCGUACGCGGGCGACGCGGCCACGCAGGUUGCGAACUCAGCGUCGUACCCGCUGAGCUUCGUCGAGGGGCUCUGCAACGGCACGGCGCUUGCACACAGGCGGCGGUCGCACACACCAUGCCUUUGCUUGCGCUGCACCUUCCGCAACCUUUCCUUCCACGCUUUCCUUCCUUCUGCCUUUCCCUGCCCGCGCCUUCCGCUUCCCGCGCCCCCGCCCUGCCCUCGCCUCGCCUUCCCCUGCCCUCCCAUUCCCCGGCCCCGCGCCUACCCCUGCCCGCGCCUCCCCUUCCCGCGCCUCCCCUGCCCGCCCCUCCCCCUUCCCGCGCCUUCCCUGGCCAUCGCCUUCCCCUGCCCGCGCCUCCCCCUUACCGCACCUUCCUCUGCCCGCGCCUACCCCUUCCCUUCCCCUGCUUUCCCCUGCCCUCCACCUUCCCCAAAUAUCUUCUUCCAUCUCACUGUCCUCACCUUCCCCUGCCCUCACCUUCCCCUGCCCUCACCUUCCCCUGCCCUCAUCUUCCCCUGCCUGCCCUCACUGCGCUCAUCUUAUCGUGCCCUCGCCGUUUUCUCGCCUGGGAUCCAGCUCUCUUCUGCAGCCCAAAGCCCACCGCUCUUCCACUGGAACCUCCCUGAAUAUAAUUCUCCGUGUCAUUGUCCGCAUCUCUCCCUGCCCACAUGCACGCAUGGCAGUCAGCUUAUGGCCUGGGUUCCUCCUCUCUGCUGCCGCCCAAAACCAUCUCCCUCCCUCCCGUGCAACCUCCCUCAUAUGGCAACCCUAUCGAUCUCACCCUCCCCAUUUUCCCCUACCCACCUCUGUGCCCCUGCCUACUUGUGCCUUCCUUCCCGCAUGGCACAUGCACGCAUGGCAGUCAGCCUACGGGCUGGACUCGCCCUCUCUGCUGCCGCCCAAUUCC